AUGGCCGCGAGCGACAAACCCGGAGGCCACGACCGUGAGCCACCUGGUAAGAAACCAGGAGGGAAAAAGUCCUUUAGUAAUGAUGACGAAGAUAUCGAUAUGUCUUCUGACGCUCCCAGAGUGACUAGGUCUGGACGACUCAUAGCUCCUGCUCAGAGACGUGCUGGUCGACGGGUAACAUCAAGAGCUACGUCCAGAGCGUUCUCAUCGCGAGGCGAUUCAGUUGGAACGACUGGAGGCGCCACUUCUUCCCAUGCUACUGAAACCUCUCGCCCAAUUUCCUUGCGUCGUAGCAGUCGUCUACCAGCCAAGCGACCCCAAGUCACAAUUGAUCUCUCUGACCCACCAGACCUUGAGUCAGAUGAACCUGAAGCCGGACCUUCAAGUCGUCCGGCGAAGAGACCUAAGCCCUCUUCCGCUGUCCCCUGGCGUGGCCAAGUUUCUUCGGCCGACGUCGACUUUGACGCUUAUGUUCCUUAUCCUGAAGAUCUGGAGGAGGAAAUCUCCCCUAGGUCCAAUCCGAUGGUAUUCCAAAACUAUGAGACAUUCAACCGGGACAAAGUUCAGAUGGCAUUCCAAGGCAUGACCGUCGAACUUGGGAAUGAUCUGGUUUCGCCGCGAACCGAUGGCAUUCGACGGUCACUCGACGUCCUUCUCAGUCUACCCAAGAAGCACAACUUUCAGCCUCAGGUUGAGCCUUACCGGAAGAAAGACCGACGGGGAAGUAACUUUCCUGUACGGGAUACCGAUCAAUGGAGCAUGAUGGCCAGAGAUCCAACACGAGCUGAUGUGCUCAUGGUGGCGAGGGUUUCACAGGGAGAAUAUACACAACAAGAAGCGAAUAUUCUGUGCAACGCAAUGGUUGAGAUCAUCAACCGUUGGGAGGGCAAUCUGGACGACGUUACAAAGCCUGUUGCAAAUUUCAAAACUAGCACUCGACAAGCUCGGUUGUUGUUAAUUGCCUGUCGUCAUAAGGAGUUGCCCCAGAAGCGUAUCAUCUGUCAAACUCCAUGGUUCACAAAGGCCAACCCUGGAGCUAAGGAGAACUGGCUUCGAGAGAAUCGCUUCAGCGUUCAACAGUAUUUCUUACAUCCUACCACCUACAAGCUCCAGAGUGAAACCAGAAGUGCUGGUCCUCGGCUACUUCAAGAUUCAGCCCCUAUCCCCGAACUAUCCGAUAGGUAUCAGUUUGUCAAAAACGAUUCUUAUGGCGGUUUCACCAUGUCUAUCAUCAAGCAGUCACCAGGACCAGGCCAACCUCCUACGUUUGAAUCAGUGUUGCCAAGUGAGGAGGAUCUACUGAUUAGUCAAUCAGAAAGAGAAUCACUUCAAAGAGCUGAACGGCUUCUUCGACUAUACUCUGCUUCCAUUAUGAACCAUGCUAUGCUCGAUACCGCUGCAGCCUACAACAUUUGGACAAACUUACUGGAGAAGUAUGGGGGCCGGCUUCGCACCGAAAAGGGCUACGGUCGGAAACUAUUCGAUGGAUCCAAUCUUCUGCGUAUAGAUCCUCGCUAUGCAACAUUCUGCACCAGCAUCAAGCCUGGUGACCGACUGGCGCAAAAGCUUCAUGACGACCACGACCUGGAACUGCCCUUACUUAUCAUUCGAUCUACAGACCGUGCCUGGUGUUUAGCUGUUGAGCAGGCUAUCUGUGAUACUUGGCUGACAGAGGCCGACAUUCUUAAAGCAUGGACUCGCGGGGCAGAAGUUGCUGAUCAGGUCAACCAAGCCAUUCGAGACCAAGAGAAGCCUCCCUCAGCAUGUUUAUGUACGCCUGAAAUGUCUGCCAUCCAGAGCCAUCCUUGCUCGCGCUGUGGUAAAUCUUUCAUCUGCAAUUUGCUUGUAGUGAGUAGUUUCAACUCACAACGCGUAUGCCAGUCCUGCAACACUAUCCUCCUUCAGCGUCCCAUCAACAACCAUGUGAGGCAAUGCAUCAUGAUAAAUCUCAAGAGCAGUUUGCGACACGAGAGGUUGAAGAGUCAGGAUACGAUUACUGAGGCUGAGAGUGCUUUGAAUCUUGCAGAGUGCAUGCGAAGUAUCGAGGCGGCAUGGCCAAGUAGCGACGAGGCUGCCAAGGCAAAUAUCCCAAGCGGCUCUGCGUGGAGGGAUCGAUAUUCGGGUAACAUGUACUCGUUAUCCCCAGGCCUUUCGGCAUCACGAGUACAACAUGACAGGGUCAGCAUUGAUGCAACAUUCCCAGUUUGGCUCACUGAGAACGGAUACCGAAUCCACUGUCCACAAAACAUCAGCCUCACCCUUCAGUGCUUAAACUUCGCAAAGCAGAUCCAAAUCCCGGCUUUCUUGGCCAUGGUAUGCUGGUUUACACAGGAACGGGCUCGGCUGGAGCACAAAUAUCAGGACGAAAUCCACGGUCCCGAAGCCAGGAUAGAGCUCGAUAGUCUCGAGACCAAAAUGAUCAAGAUUUCCAAACGCCUGCGAAUCAUCCGGUUGACAUUCGGCUUCACCACGUACAGUCGUACUCAAAAAAGCCUGAAAGGCGUCACACAAGAAGAGUUCGAUUUCGAUAUUGCCCCUGUCAUCUCAGGUCGGCCACACCCUGGGCUUCAACGUUCGAUCGAGCGUCUUGAUACUCAUCUCAACUUCAUGAGAUCUUCUGGUCGUCUUACUAACUGGCCAGAGGAUGACCUGGCUCGAGUUCGAAGAGUCGCCGAGGAAAUCAUAGACUUCUUUGGGGUGAGCUUACCCAGAGGUGACGACGGGUGUCCAUUUUUUGCUCACCCAGAGAGCUUUCCUGAGACCUGGAGUUGGAACCUCGCAUUUCGUCUAGCUAUCGAGAGGCUUACAAGCAUGAGAAAGGCCUGCAAUCGCUUCUGGCCGACGUAUGACACAACUGAGACUAUUUUACUUGAGUGUAUUUUCCAAACAUGCAUUGCGAAAUGCAUCCUCGACCGCAGCGAUGUUCACUACGAGCAGAAAAAGCAACUCAAAGAGAAGUAUAAGUCUAUCCUUGGACUACCGAUUGCCCUUGCUAAACAUGAUGGACUAAAAUUCGCUAUUGGUCAUCGCGAACACGGCAAGGGAAUGUUCUCAGGCUGGCCUGUCCAGCCAGUCAGUCUCAAAGACCGCCUCAAUGGGGAUGGCGAGAAUAACAUGUUGAUUGAACCACGCACUGAAAACUACCUUAAGUCAGACUACGAUUCCUCUGUCUAUCCCAAGCUGAAGGAAAUAAUCAUGGACAUUGACCUUCCAAAGGAAGUCUAUGACAAGACACACAAACCCAAGGACAUUCCCGAGCAGAGUCUUGAAGAUCUCGCGUGGAACGGCGAAGAAGUAGGGGAUGAGUUGCUCCAAGGCGCUACGGAGAUCUUUCAGUCUGGUCUCUCUUGGCCCGAAGAUGAAGAUGCAGAGCUUGAGGACUAUGAAGAACCCACCGAUGCUGCUCUCCCGGAGUCAGAGGCUACCGGUCUCUCAUCCAAGGCACUGGGCAAGAUGCCCGUACGAUCCCGAUCCAUCGAAUCUCAUGCCGAACCCGAAAGCGAAAUGCAAAGCGAAAUGCAAAGCGAAAUGCAAAGCAAGUACGCAGAGGUCACAAAGCGUAUACAAGAGCAAGGGCUCGACCCAUCCGCCGACUUGGGUUUGACUGAUCUGUUGAAAAACCUGCGAGAAGCCAAGGAUCGUGAGGAUGAGGAAAGCUUCAUGGCUAUCCUAGCAGUACUAUGCACAGAACUGAACUAA